CUUUCUAUAACGAAAAUUAUAUUUUUUUUAUCUCGCAGUCUGCAAUGUCGCCCAGAGUCAAAACCACGCCCUCGCUCAACAGCCUGGUAGCUGCCGCGUCCACCGUACAACGAUCCUCCAGCCACGAAAGCAGCGACCCGAGCCCCAUUGCGCCGCACAUCCCGUCGUCGUUGAUUGUUGCGACCAAGAUCCGCCGCGGCCGGCCACGCCGUGACGACACACAAAACACGCAGAGCGCGGCCCUCAGCUCCGAGUACCAGCGCAUUGUCGACCAGAUCGCACACGACGCCAGCGAAGACGCCGGCGGACGGAGGAGACAGUUCAUCUGCACCGUGGAGGGCUGUGGUAAGGUGUUUUAUCAGCGCGCCCACCUCAACAUCCACAUCAGGUCGCAUACUGGGUACAGGCCGUAUGUGUGCGGGUUUCCUGGGUGCGGAAAGGCGUUCACGCAGCUGGGUAAUAUGCGCACGCAUGAGAGACGACAUACUGGCGAUCGGCCGUUCAAGUGCCUGGUUGUCGAGUGCCAGAAGGCGUUUACGCAGGCAGGCAAUCUGAAAACUCAUAUGCGAAAGGUACACAAUAUCGAUAACUCGCCAGGCGCCACCCGCCCAAACCGGAGGAGUAGCACGCGAAAGGCUUCCGACUCGCCUGAAGAGGUCCUGUCACCAAUUGCCCUGGCCCAGCAGCGUAUGCGACAGCAACAGCAACAGCAGCAGCAGCAACAGCCAGCACAGCCAGUGCAGCCAUCGUCAGUGCCAAUGUUUCCCAUCAUCGUACAUCCGAACCACAACCCAUACAACCACAACAGCAUGCCGCCUACGACUCUGUCAUCGGCGCGGCAAAAGCGGUAGCAGGGCAGAGACGGCGGCUUUUUUUUCACUUCUUAAAACGGAGCCCAAAAAGUAACCUAAUAAACCCUUAGACGCUGAUGAUGCCCGACAGCUUCUGCACGCGGUUGAGUAGCAAAUCACCCUGCUUGAUGGUGGCCUGGUACUGCUCGUUCUUAGUGUCGGGGCGGUUCGUCUCGACGAUCCCGCCGACCUUGUCGAUGACGCAGUGAAGGCGGCCAGCAGCAAUG